UGUCAGUCGGGCCGUGGCCCGCUUCUCCGCUGUCCAGUUCGUGAACUUUCCUCCUGGUUCCCGGAUACGUGGUUUCCAAGCCGAAAACAAAGUUGGAAGUCCCGUUAGCUCCCGCUGCUUCCCGGCUACAUUAGCAUUAGCAAGCUAGCCCCCCUCGCUGGCGCAGCAAGUCUCCCACUCACGGGGUUCAGAGCCGGGGCAGGUGUCCUCAGAUCCUCCCCGACAGCUCGCCGACACGCUGCUGUGCUUCUUGUCAACGUCCACCUCCUCCGGGAUUGACAACGAUCCCGAGGUGAAAUUAGCUGUGAGGCUAAUCCGAGUGUUGGAAAGUGCUAAGUAGCUAAAGCUGUCACUUCUUCAACUAACUCACCCGGGUGAGUUUGUGAAACCCCGAAACCCUCUUUCUUAUUCACAUGUAUGAGUUUAAACUGGAGUUUCACACUUUGGUGGCUUCGCUUUCAUGUCGAUCAUCUUUUAAAAUAACUGCUCAGACACUUUGAGUUGCGUUUGUGUGUUGCAUCUGGCGAAGUUGAAAAGCUUCUUUUAAAAAUUGUUGUUAAUGUCAUAGUCCUGUCAGGAUGAUGUUUAAAUACACAACAGGAUGAUGUUUAAAUACACAAGUUUUGGACUGUUAAUAACAUCAUCAUCAUCGGGUGUCAAACCCAAGCACGCGGGGCCAAGUCGGGUCCGGACUGUGUUUUUCGUGGUCAGCUUCAAACAAGAGGCACUGACUUGACGCUGAAUUCUCAUUUGAUCUUACUGUUUAAAAGGGAAACAGUACAUGACGGUCUUGUGACCUGUGGCAGCUGUUUUCACUUCAUUAUUAACAGAAAAUUGACACUGACAGAAGUGUAUUUAUUCCAAAAUUGUAUCUGUUUUGGCUUGAAAAUGAUGAAUCAGAAGUCGGGCUACAUUUAUCACUGAUCGACUGCAUUUGCGCCUAGUGAAGUUGCGUUUAACAGUGUCAGGCCUUCAGUGUUGUUUAGCCUUUCAGAAUUUUGUCAUACCUUGAACAAUACAUUGAACAGUCAUUUUUAUGACCAGAAAUGAAAAUUUGUGGCCAAUGCUCAAUAAAAUUUGAAACGUUUGGCUGAAUAUCAAUUUUAAAAUAAUGCAUAAAUAAUCUCAACUUUAAACUUUUUUUAAAGUAAAUGUUUAGAAGAUUGAACUUGUUUUUUAUAUUUCAGCCUUUUCUUUUCUAAAAAUGUAUUUUUUAAUUGAUAUUAGUCCUCAAACAAAGCAUGCAUUCCAAAAUAAAAAAAUUAAUCCUUGUCUACUGAGCCUCAGGCUAAAGGUCUGCGGGGCACAUUGUGGUGAAUUAGAAAAUUCUAGCUGACAAGCUGAAAAUGAUUUUUGUAACACUCUUGGGGACCACUGCUCUAGAUAGUUUUGUUGUUAUAAACUACAGUUCUGUUCUAGCGCUCCAACGCUUUCAAAUAUCUGAAAACUUUAACACUGUAUGCAGAUUUGAAUCACACUGGAGAGUUGCCGUGACAAAGGUUGGCACCAGCUGUGCUUGAUACUUGACACCAUGGUGAACAAGGAAAUGAUCAAAUGAAGAGGCUAUGUGCCAUACAUGGGUCGGAAAGUCGAAAAUAAUUUCUGCUUGUGUUGAACCGCUCAUACAAGGACCCAUGUAGAUGAUGCGCAAUGCUCAGUCGGAGCUGCUCAGUUUCCUCCACUGAGCAUGUGUCUGUGAGUAGGGCUCUGUCUUUAUGACCAGCUGGCUCAACUUUUACUGCAAGAAGUUGUUCAUGCACAUUGCAGUUAGACUCCAAAGGAUGAUUAAUUUUCCAACUGACUCACAACUGACUCUUGUUUUCUUUGUGAUUAACCUUUAUAUAUGUAGUGAGUUUGUUGUCCACUAGAGGGCUCCCUCCUUUCCAAUCCAGAGGAUUCAGUGGGAAAUGAUUGUGACACACUGAGCGGCAGUUUGCUACAUGUGGCGAGUCGUUCCGGUCAAUGGCGGGUUUCGACUCCCUUGCCGCUAAACACUGAACCGUGUUUCUUCAUAUCACUGGUGUUGUACAGAAUUCUAUAACAUGUUGAGGCAAGUCCUGGAAGAGUCAUUUCAAUGAGUCAUGUAUCGCAACAGAAUGCACACAGUGGAGGAGAAUCACCAUGUGAGAGAAACAGUCCUGACCUCAUCCUGAUGGUUGUUUUGAUUGACACCUAAGUUUACAAUCUGUUCUUAUGCAUGUGGCAAUACAUCACGUCCUAAUUCAGCUGUGAGGCCUGCUGUUCGAUGUCUGUGUGGACUCCUUGGGGGAAGGCCACGCUAGUAUGGAAAGCAAAGCUGGUGUGUCGCAAUGUUGAGUAUCAAUGAUGUUACAAUGCUGCAGUGUUUCCACACUUAGCUGUGUGUGUUCACAGAUGCCUCGUGCUGUGUGUAUCUACAACAUCCUGGAGGUCUAUAUUUAGCUCUCAACAGUGUGUAACCUGAUCCAAACUGCGUCUCUGGGCUCUUGCUGCCCACUGACGGUGAAACUCAUUGAUCGUUUGCUUCUGUUGGAAAGCUAAAGCUGCUGCUGUCUUAGAGACUCCAGGAGUUCCAUUUUCACGCAACGUACAGUAAAGUGUCGAACACCCAGAACGGAGUCCCCCAGCUAAAAUAGUGAGGUGUGCCUCAGUUAUUUUAAGACCUACGUGAUAAGGGUUUCUGGUUGAGUUGGUUUUUUUGUGAAAACUGUGGUGGAGGGUUUCAGGAUUUUUCAGUGAAAAAUAUACUGAAAACCACCACGUCCACCGCCAUCCUGUGUUCCACUAUAGCGCGCCAUGCUCUUUUCCAUGUCGCGGAAACCUUGAGAUCCACCUCAAGGAUGAGACCAGCCUUGAUAUGCAGCAACUGUGUCUGACAAGAUCGACAUGCCUCCUAUCUGUAUCACUUGUCUGCUGGAGUCAACCUUUUGAAGAGGUCCCUCUUCACCAGUCCAGACCGUUGUAAUCCUGAAGUUUGUGUUGCCAGUAGUGCCAAUGAUGAGGACUCCCUGAGACACUCUCUGCCUCAGCUCAGAUGGUGGAACUGACCCUCGCACACUCAUAGCUUAUCACCCUUACUUUCCUCACACCCUCCUGCCUUUCAACCCCUGUAUAUCAUCAUCUUCAUCCUGGUCAGCUUUAGUCCUGAUGUUUGUUAGAUCCAAAAAUAACUUUUCUUGGCGCAUUCAUUGGAAAACCAGGGAAGAUGACUGUCUGUUUUGGUGAUGAUAGAGCAAGAUAAUCCAUCUGUCGAUAUCGAUGAUGAAAUGAGAAAUGUAGUUUUGAUCACAUGCGCAAGAGGCGGAUGAAAGCCGACAAAGCAUUUGUUAUCAUCUCAGAUGUUCUGAGUAGCUUUAGGUGAGCCGCUGGGAGCCAUAAAAGAAUAAUAUGAUAUUGAGAACAUUUCCACUCGGAUCAAGCGCACUCGCAACUGGACUGGAAGUCUACGGUGGAAUGAAGUGAGGACAGUGGGCAGCAGUCUUCCACAGGGCUUGUCUUUGCUUUACACGACUUUGCUAAACCUCCGUAGGAUUUGUCGACAUAGUUGAUCGAAACUAAACUCUGGGUUGAUUUGCUGUGGGGUGUUUGAGCCAAGGUUAUGUUGCUUCUCCCAUGACAGUCAUCAGAGCGAGCAUCGGCAAAGUGUCCAGACGGAAACCAGGAUGUUGUUGCAAGAAAAGAUCUCUGGACAGCCUUUUACAGAUCCUGUUCUAGCCAGAUAUUUACUGCUGAGCCAGCAGAUAUUUGAGCUUUUGCAGCUGGAGAAUGGGGAGAAAGAAAAAAAAAAAAAAAAAAAAGUAAAGUGGAAAUUAACCAGGUCGAAAUGAUUAUGAAGAAGAGGCUGAAUCAUAAAAAGAAUGGAUUCUGAUGUUGGGCAUGUACUCGUCGGCUUUCAACCUGAUGCUCACCUGUAGUCGCCAAACUUUGUAAUGAGAUGGUGAGAUAAUCGUGCGUUAUUUUGAUCAUGCAUUCAUGAUGCUUGGGGAAAUAUUUUUAUUCCUUCAUUGUAAAAGAAAUGUGCAAACAGGCUAUAGAUAUAAGUUAUAAUAAUAAAAGAUACUACCUAAGAUUUACCUCGGACUAGUGAAAUGAAUAUCCUAACCACAAAGGGCACCUCCAGAAACAGUUACAGAACCCAGGAUGGAAAACAGUUCUAAUGCCCUUCUUUGUUGCAUCUAUCAUGUUAGCAUGACCGUCUGGCUCGUGAAAACGCAAGUCAACGUGUGGAUAGUUAUCUGCAGCCUGGGUAAUUUGGGACUCACUGCUAGCUACCAAACUGGUGUUCACAAUUCAAAUGCGUUUCAUCAUGCAGCCCCAUGUUCAUAUUGUUUUGUAUGGAUGUCAUCGGAUGGAAACAUAACUUUUUAAGCAUUUUCUUGAAUUAUUAUCUGAGGUGUUUCUCUCGUAGCAGAGCUGGUGAAGGUCAUAAAUCGUAUGAUCUAAGACAGUGUGUCUGCAAACUCAUCGGGGCAGAUUCACGGGUGGGUCUCUUAUUCAGUAAAAUGCGAAUAACGUCUGAUUCACGUCACUUUUCACAGGCUGAUUUCCUGUCGGAAGGGAUACUUGACGCUGUGUAGUGCUCCGUACAAAGUGGAGCUCGGUCCGCCAUUGUGAUGCGCAUCGCAGAGUAUAUUAGUCAUAUGAGAAAGGGCCAGUGUGGCAUGAGAGCCAGUGACCACCCUCAUUUGUGGGAGAGUAGACAGCCCCGUAAAAACCUGCGAUGAACUGAAUCUGUGGAAUAUAGCGAGGGAACACUGUAGCAGGUAUCCGGUGCUGUCAAGAGCGAGUACUUGACAAGUACAGGUACAGUGUAAUAGACCAGUUUCAGGGCGAGGUCCGAUAGUGGUGUUGGGAAAUCCCAAGCUGACACUAUUUUGUUGGGGUUUUUUUAAUCGCCGUAGUGCCGUCCGUUUGAUUCGCCAAUGCCAUCGUAAUACACACGGCCUAUAUCUCUUUGCCAGUGCACCGGUACUCAGCCGGCCUCCUAGAGAGAGAUGCUCAAGCAUCCAUGAGAGACUCAGAGCUGAACAUAUGUGGUGACAGGAUGGUUGCUGGACUCGUGAGACAUGCAGCUUGAAGGAGGAUCCAGGGCCAGCCCAGGAAAGAUGAGGUCACUUGGUGGAACACCUUGAUGCAGGGCAGGGUGAAGUUCCUGGAGAGAUGGAGGCCUGGAUUCCCCCACAACCUCAGACAUGUAGUGGAAGAGCACUACAGAAAGUGUGGCAGUUUAAAAAGAGAAGUAGUUAAUCAACAGAUAAACAACGAAGAUGUUCCGCCUGUGAGUUUGCUCAGCGGAGAAGUCUGUUUGUGCUCAGGUGUUCCUCAAACACUCAGGAGCAGAUCUUGGUCCUCCUCCAAGUCCACUAGGAUGCUGCCUGCGGCCAGCGAGGAUGUAAUCCGAGCCAGCAACAGGAUUCAACUGUCAGAUACUGCGCACAUUUUCACGGCUGAAGGAGGACAAACGUUUGCCUCCAUUGUUGCUGUUUACUUAUGCAUGGCAGGACUCCAGUUACAUGCCGAGAGAGCCGGGCGUCUUUACAUAUUUUCAUUCUUGACAAGGUGUAGAUGUGGUGUGACCGUGGCUCGCACCUGAGUGUUCACGAGUGGUCAACAAGGGGGCAGUUGUGAUGACAUCUAGUCGACGUCUCAUUGCCUCCAGGAGACAGAAAGAAUGAAACACAGAUGUUGCUUCGUAUCUGUGUGUCAGUUGUUAGCUGGUUUUAGCUGCAGGUAAACGGACACUCAGAUCUGGACUUGUUGUUAAUUGAAAACCUGACAGGUGGCAGUCAUAUGAUGUUGAGUAGCGGAACUAAACUCUGAGCUUCAUUCACUGUCCUUGAGUCAAGACAGUGUUCAGCCAUUUUCAGGAAUAGCUGUGUGGCCCUUGAGCAGCUCUCUAUAAACAGUAUAGCCUGGCAACCCAAUCCACCAUUUUCAGAUGCGCCGGGGUAGAAAAUUUCAGCAGUGACGGCGCUAACUUGCCGGAUAGUCUGCAUCCACUCCACAGUGCAUUUUAGUAUUUGAAAAACUCAUUCUGUUCUGUCGAUUUGAAGCAAAACAAUCGUUCCUGCAUGUUGUUUGAUUGCGUCACUUGCUGCUCUUUGGCUGUGCUUUUGACUCCAAAUGUUUAUUGACUGCCGCUACUCUGCCAAAUUAUUUGGUGCAUCCAUAAUUUCUCAAAUCUGUCAGUUUUCUUAUCCCAUAUGAAGCUGGUCACUCUACAUUUUUUUAUGUACAUUGGAUUCAUUCUCUAAUUUUGAAUAGAACUUUCUGUCCCGUUUUCUGGCAGGAGAUGUUGCAUGAGUCUAGUGUGUUUGUAUCUGCUUGCAUUCCUUCCAUCCUUUUUUUGACUGGAAUGGUUCUAAUGUAUCAUGAUCAAGAUGGUGCGAGCACUGUCCAUAAAUGUGACUCAUAGAUCAACAUGUUCGAAAACAAAGUACCAUGGUGCUGAAAGGCAAAAAUGUAAAAGAAGUUUUGCCGUUUGAUCUAAUGUGAAACAACUUCUCUCCAGUGGGUUUUGGAGUCAGAGGAAUGCUGGCGAUAUGAACGGCUAGAACAAGGUCGUGCCGUCCUUGGCCACAGUCUGAUGUCGUCACGAAUAAUCUGACCAUUAUCUGAUCGCUCGUUCUUACGUGUGUGAAAAAGACUCGGUGAGCUUGCAAUGUAUAAACAAAGACUGAGGUGUGGUGAUUCACAUUCAACAAUCCUUAGUCCCUGGAAUGUGUCCCAAAUGAGGCGACCUUUGACCCCGCGUACCACCGAAGCCCUACUUCCUUGUUCCUGAACGACUCUUCUCUUCUGAUGUUGUGCAAGCCAGACACACCUUCAGGUUCAUAUCAGGUCACAUCUCCACAUCUCACUUCAUCUACUGUAUCACAUCACUUUCUUUUGACCGUUCACCAGCGUUGGUGGCAUGUUGUUGCAGUGGAAACCAGAUUUAUGUCUGAUAAGUGCCACAACUGAAGCUUGUGCGGGACAGAAGUGCAACCUUGAUUUGUUAAUUUAUCUGGAGAAUGACCAGCUGACCAGCAGAACAAAUGUUGAGAGUCAUGAGACUUCAGUUCUAGUGGACGACAGUUGUGUCUGCUUCAUGCUCACAUGCACGGAAAAGUGGUGGAGCUUCCAUUUAGUCCCACUGGGUCACAUAGUAGUCGUAUUUUUAGAGACCCGCUGGUAUUAAUAGAAACAACGAGUGCCGGGAAGUCAGAGGCAGCCGCCAGAGUCACUCUGUGCUGCUGGACCUGGCCCAGCUGGCACACAGGACUCGAGUGUUCCACAUGUCCACUGAGUCUGUGAGGCAGAUGAGGACUCAUUUUUACACUUGUGACUUCAGAUUCUGUUUUGGUCCGCUCACUGUUGACAGGGUCAGGAACUGUAGCAUCAAUGCUCCAACUCAGUUAUCAAGUCUGAUCAGCGUGAAGCUGAAAGAAAUCCAGUCCGGUAGUGUAGUGAAGUAGCUGCUGAAAAAACUCAUUGUUCUGAGGAUGUCUUGUCAAUGUGUCAACAGAUGACGUGAUGGCAACUCUAACUUUUGGCACUUUGGCAACACUUGAGGUGAUGACUAGGGUCAAGGUGACCACUUGGUUGGACAAAGAAUGCGGUUCUCUGGCUGUUCAGAAAUUUUCCAAAAAGCCAGACCUGAAUAUGUUUUUAGUGGUGACAAUACACCGUCAAUGUUUAACACCUGUUUUAUUGAACAAUAUGGGUUAACUCUGCUUUUUGUUUUUAAAUAAACUAAGCAAGGUUUGAAUAAAAUAUUGGCUGCAUACAAAAUAAAUAUACAGAGAGCAAAGUUUGAUUCACUUUGCCUUGUGGCAUUUAAAUCUCAGGGUUUCCACCAUGAUUUUUUGAAACAGUGGCGGAGCAGCAAAAAAAAAAAAACAGAACAGUACGCAGCCAAUACAGAAUCGAGACAGAAAUAAUAAAUUACAGGGGAAAGUUGUGACAUUUACUGAAUUGGUGACAAUAAAAAGUUAGUUUUCAAUCAUGAGAAGUAUAUCUCUCUCCAAUCAGCGACGGUCUGUCUCUUAAUUUGUCAUUUGAUACGAUGUUUCUUUCGCAAUUUUCCUUCGCAAUUUCGUCAGGGUCUAGUCCACCUCCAUGUUGCGCUAUAUGUUGUCAGUUCGAUGUUUCCGCUUUGGUUCAAUGUGUUCAUGUGAGAGUAAACACAUCGCGUGGCGGCGCACUACGCUACUUUAAACGUGACAGAAACCCUGAAUGUUCAAACGUGAUCUAAAAAUAAACCGUGGCACAAAACUAAUGCGUUCCACGCAAAACUGUCAUUUUCAGAAAUCGACGCUUAUUAACCAGAACUAACACUUCCUGCAGCAACUCGUAUGAGAGUAGGUUUUUCCUUUGAACAAAGGAUUUAUUUUGUCUUCAUCUACCAGACGAACUAAACUGUUGCUUGUUUUCAACUGCGACUGCGCGCUGGCUCUUUGCUGCGUCGAGCUUUAGCCUUUGCUGAAUGCCUAGCUUCAGAUGUUGCGUACUCAGCGGAGUGGUGAGUGAGGUUUGGUGUACUGAACGAUUUUUUUCCACAACUUAUUUUGGACAUGAAAUAGUAACACUAGCUUGAGUGUACCCUGGAUGAUGGUUCCUGACGUGACCUGUGCUUGGGCCUCUCACGGCAGAGCAGGACUUGCUCUCAUACCUUCCUGGAAGUAGAGGAGGUCAGUUUCACUCCCAAAAUUGGUGCAAAUAGGUGCCACACACUUGGCGAUAACUCUUCUUCUCCUGUUGAUCACCUCUCCUGUGGUGGUCUUGCAUCAGAUAAGUUAUCUUCCCUCACUGUCCACUCAAGGGCCACGUCUCCUCGUGUGAGUCAGACUGUCAACAGAGACGGUCCUGCCAGGUUAAUGAGUGACCAGCUCCUCUCCGGCCCGGGUUAAUGACUAAUUGCAGCUCAGUUUGGCAUCACCUGCCAAGGUGUGCGAUGGCACCGCUCCGACCAAUGGGAGUGGACAUGCGCUGUGGUGAGGUGAUGUCUGCGUGUUUACGUGAGAUCCACGUGAUGGUUUGCCCGGACCAGUGAUGUGGCAACUUCUUCCUUCGCCGCGUGUGAGUAAGACAGGUGUUGCCGCAGACGCUCUUGUGGAAUGUGCGGCGCAGUUUGUGGGCAGAAGGGGGAGGGGCUUGGAAAAUGCUGCUGAGCCACUUCUGACUCGCCCAUGGUCCCUCUCUCACCUCAAACUUUGCUCCUGCUUUCUUAAAGAGACAGUCGCUGGCCUUUCCCCUGUUAUCAGUCCGGAGCUCAUAAAGUUGAUGUUGACUCACACACACUCGCACUGUGAGAGAUGCUAUCUGUCUUCACUCAUUGUCAUAGGCCAGGCCCUUGUGCAGUGAGUGAAGCGGCCAGAGAGCAGCUUGCCAGUGUGUCAGUCUGACAGGAAUGAGGUGAGUGGUGCGACCGCGCAGCCUGGGAGACAACGCCUCUGUUUUCUGCUCGUCUGAUUUGGGAUUUUAACUGUCAGGAAGAGUGACUAUGAAGUGGAGACGCAGUGGUCGUGAAAGGGUGGAGGUUUCAUCACUGCAUGGCUCCGACUUGAUCCCACUGCAUUGAUAGGUGCAUUGACAGCCAGCUGUCACUGUGUCUGCUGUUCUUUGAGGGAAGUUGGUUUGUUUCCACUGGUGAGAGAUUGUCUUGUAGCGGCGUUAGUGAGCAAGCUGAGAGGAUAGUUACCGCUGCAAUGGAGAUUGAAUGAAGUCCGUAGACACUUGCAUGACAGUCCAAUCUCUCAGAUAUUAGCAUGUUUGGGAUUCACUUUGUUCUUGAGACAGCGAGCACAUUCGUAGACGAUAGGUGGCUGUUUCAUGAAGUUCUCUUUCACCAUUGGUUUUGAUCAACCCACCAUGUCCAGGACAGCAGACCAACAUGUGAGUAACAACAUGCCUCUGGACACUCUGGUUUCCUCCCAGAGUCCGUAAGCAUGCAAGGAUUCCUCUGUGACUCUUUACUGCUCAUGGUGUGUCAAGGUGUGACUCACCAGGUAGCUGGGCUUGACCCCAGCCCCCCAGCAACGGGGGCAUGAAUGUACUUAGACCAGUUAGGGGAAGCAUCGCAGCAUGUUCAAAAUGUUGCUGUGACCAAGGAUUUGAUAUUUUUGAUUGACCAUUUCUGAAGAACGCUGCUAAACGGAGAGGAUUUCCUCGAGUAAGAUCACAUUUAAAACAGAAAGGCCCAAAUAUGCAUACUUUGAUCAUUCAUUUUUAAACAUCUCACUGAGCAGAAUGCAUCUGCUCAGUGAUCGGCAGACGUUUUGAACUUUUGGUUCAUGUGAACAACGAAGCUAGUAGAAGAUAAAAUUACUUCUUUCGAACGUCUGAUGCUUUUACUCUCACUCAAGAGAAAAAUGCCACUAAUGCAGAGUCAAACCUGAGCUGAGGAACGUAAACAUUUGUGAGUCAGUUAGAAGAAUGUAAAUAGAUACGGAUGCUUUCAGAAAUAGUUUGGAUGGGUCAGUCUCAAAGAAGCCCAGAGAUCAGUGAAACCCUUGAACAAUGAGUACUGACGGAGAUCUCUCCACACCUGGCCGAGAGCAGAAGCACCAGCUUCAUGUUUAGCGAUUCAGCACCGAUUGUGGAUGCAAUUUCUCUUUGUUGUUCACGUCGGCCUCAGUGUGUCUCCAACAAACAUGACAGCGCAGAACAUGUUUCCCUGAAUGAGCAACCUAGUGUGUGCGAUGUGACAAUGACUGUGCACAAACUGACGCAGGUCGAAAUUCUCGUUUGAAAACUGAAUUGUCAACAAGAGGUGUGUUUUUGUUGUGUUUCUAACUCAACUUGCGGCUGAAAGGCCCCUUGACAGCUGCAGGUAACCUGCGGGCUGCGCUGGGCUGGACUUGAUUCACUUAUGGGAGUAUGUUUGAUAGUUUAAACCAUUUUGCGCCCUCUGGUGUAUCUCUGAUGUGGAGCACACUGUUCUGUUGUGAGUGUGACACAGUGAUGGUCAAAGUGUCAUGUGAUCAACCCUUUCACCAUCACUGACUCACCCCUCUCUCCAUCAGUGUCAUCUGUAAAACCAUGUGAGCGCUGCUGACACUUCUCCGAACCUCCAUCCGAACCACCAGCCAAUCCGAUGCUCACAGACAGCAAUGUGGCCAAUCACGCCGCAGCAGUCAGUGGCGACAGUCGAUCUCAAACCAGCAGCCAGCAGCAGCAGGGAGACGCUCACCCAGGCCUGAAGAACAUCUCCGCUGGUACCAAUGGAGCUAAAGCUAACCAGAUUUUCACCGGCAACUCUGGGCUCAAGGCUGUCGGCCAAACGCUGAGCGGCGUCGGAGGGAUGUUGAAAGCCAAAACCAAGCGGGAGAGGAGCGUCUCCACGGACUCUGAACCGAGGAAUGCCGCCCCGGCUUGUGUGGAACCUGAUGCCAAAGGAGAAGGCGUCAUGCGCAGCAAGCGGCGCUGUGUUCUGGAGAAGAAGCAGCCGUACAGCGGCGACGAGUGGUGUUCAGGACCUGACACCGAGGACGACGAGGACAAGCUGCCCAGAGCUGCCGCCCAGAGGGGCCGGGGACACUCUGGUCCUCUGCUCAGGAACCCCGACUGCCUGUCCAAAGGGUCCGGUCUUCCUGAAUCUGCCGUUCCUGCCUUGGUCUGUGGGCUGGGUCCCAAAGCAGAGCCACCAACGUCUCCGCAAAUGGUGUACGUUUUCACAACCAGCCUUGCAAACAGCGCUGCUGAAGCCGUGUUAAAGGGACAGACCGACUCCAUCCUUCAGUAUCACCAGCAGAAUGUCCCCGGUGCCAAACUGGAGCAGGAGCUCCACCCUGGGAAACUCUCUGAGAAGGUCAACUCCAGCAUCUCGCCGCCUUCAGCCACGUCCAAACCCGACGUUGGAUCCCAGCGUCUGCCCACAGCGGGAGUCGCAGGCCGGCUUCCUGAUCCUGAAUCCUCCAUCACCCUACGCUCAGCAACCCCUGCUGGCCCAGGACCUGCAGACGGGACGCCCCUCCCAGCUGGGUCUCAGCCCGAAAGUCCCUCCGUUUUGCCCUCUCGCCUACAGAACGAAGCCUGCCAGAGGGCAGGUAUCGCCAGCGGACUUUCCCGUGAACAGCUGGAACACAGGCAGCGCUCUCUGCAGACCCUGAGGGACAUUGAGAGGCUGUUUCUGCGGAGCGAGGCGGGCGGAGGACCCGGAGACGUCGGAGACCCCCACAACAGUCUGAAACACAUCGGCAGCACUGAGGACGGCGACAGCAGCGCUGGUAAUGUGGUUCUCCCUGGUUUGGCCCGGAUGAAGAGCCACGAAGAACCUCUGCAGUCGAUCAUAUCGCAAACCCAGUCCCUGAGCGGCCCUGCUCCUGGCAGUCCUCAAAUGGACCCUCAGAACCACCUUCCUCAGCAGCCUCCUCACCAACUUUCCUCACCUGGAUCAGACUUGGGUCACUUGCUCGGACCGGAAGGUCUGACCCCGGAGCAAAUCGCCUGGAGGAAGCUUCAGGAGGAGUACUACCAGGAGAAGAGGAGAAUGCAGGAAGUUCAGCCCCCGCCACACCAGCUCCGAAUGAUCAGUGAGAUGGGAAUUCCUGGGGGGCCCAUGGGGAUGAGGGGCCCCCCUCCGCCCUACCACAGCAAGCCAGGAGAGUGGCCACCCGGUCAUGUGAUGAGUGGUGGACAAAUGGACGUUCAGCAAGAAGGACCGCGCGGUCCAAAGUUUCUUGGACCCAUGCAGAGAAGACCAACAGGUCGUGGAGGGUUUCCCGGUAGUCCGGGAGGAGUUCUGUCGAUGGAGGGUCUUGGACCACAGAGGCCCAACAGGUCAGGGAUGGUCUGGAUUGAUGACCUUCCCAACACUGGUGGGGGCGGUCCGUAUCCUGGCUACUAUCCAGGCAGAUCCCUUCAGCAAGUCCAGGGUGAUCCGGAACAUCUGCUGACGCGCGAGGAAAUCCUCUGCAUCAUGGACAAACGUCAGCGACUUUCCAAGCAACAGCAAAUGGGCCUGAGCUCCAGGAGUCUGGACAGCCAGGACUUUGCCAACAUGGGAAUGGGUCGGGUCGACCACAUGGACUUUCAUGGUUCACGAGACAUCAUGUUCCCUGGAGGUGGGGGUCCUCAAAUGAGGGACCUGGUGGACCCUCGGGGUGGAAACCUGAAUUCACAGAUGAGUCUGCUGCAGCAGCAGCAGCAGCAGCAGCAGCAAAGUAUGAUGCUUUUUCAGAAGCUCAGAGGGGGACCUCAGGGCGAGGGGGCUUUGAGUGAGCUCUUCAACCAGGACGGUCUCAGACUCCAAACUUCACACAGUGAACGAGGGAACAAGGGAAUGAUAGAGGACUUCCCUUUUCAAGGUCCUUUCUCUGGAGGACCCAUGGAAGCCCCCUUCCAGCAGUCUGGUCCGGACAUGUUUGACCCCGCUAACCAGCUGGGGAGUGCCACCCAACUGAGUCACAUGCCCCCAGCAGGGGGCCACAGAGAUGUUGGCCCGAAACACCCCUCUGACUUGAACAUCAACGUUCACCCUCUGGUCUCGCCGAUUGGCCCCUUUCCUCGGCCAUUCAAGUCCCCCUCCAUCAACCAGGCGCCGUCCCCUCGACUCCCCUCACCCUCUGGAACAGGGAUCAAGUCCCCCCCUCACAUGGUUACCGCGGCCCACCACCCCUCUCGUGCCGGGACUCCUUCAUCCGCUGCCAUGAAGUCUCCACAGGUCAUGGGCUCCUCCAACCUUGGCAUGCCUUCACCUUCCGUCUCCCCUGGACGACUCAAGUCCCCGGCUGUGGCCGUGAGCUCUCCCGGGUGGGUGUCUCCCAAAACAGCCCUUCCCAGUCCUAGCGGUCCGAGAGUACUGGGCAACAGCACAGAGACAGGGCAGCCUCUUCCUCCGAGGAGCUCCUCCAGCUCCACCCCCAGCAGCCAGCCAAGCUCGCUGAACCCCAGCGCGCCGUCCGACGGCGCUCCUUCACAGAACCCUCUUUCGCUCAUCAUGUCGCAGAUGUCCAAGUACGCCAUGCCCAGCGCCACUCCUCUGUACCACGACGCCAUCAAGACCAUCGCCACCUCCGACGAUGAGAUGCUGCCAGACAGGCCUCUUCUCUCCAACGUCCAAAUAGGAGGGAACGCGGGGAACCUGCACAUCCCGCAGAGCUCCCUGGGCCCUAAUGGGGAUCCGCCGAGUCCCCUGGGGAUGGUGAGCCAAGGCCAGCAGCAGCAGCUCUCCCUCGAGGCCUCAGAGCCUGCGCUGCCGACCCCGAACCACAUGGGCAUGCCCUCCAUGAACCCCGGAGUUCCUGAUGCUAUGGGGCCCUGCAACGUCUCGCCCAUGUCUCAGAACCAGCUGGGAGGGUUCCCCCGGAUGCAGCCUCCCCCUCAUGGACCCAUGCACUCACCAGUGGGGAUGUCGCAGAACUUCCCGCAGCCGGACGAGGCUCUCCUCCCACCUCAGCCCUUGCACAUGUUGGGCAAGGGUCAUCCUCAACAGCGUCAUCCCUCUGAGCCCUUUCCCCCCUUACCCAUGAGGGACGGCCCGGAUCUGAGCGAGGUCAUUCGUCCGACUCAUUCGGGGAUCCCCGAGUUCGACCUGUCCCGCAUCAUUCCGUCCGACAAGCCCAGCAGCACCCUCCAGUACUUCCCCAAGAGCGACCCCCCGUCUUCCAACCCGCACCUGGCAAACCUACAGAACAUGAUGGCUGAGCAGCAGCUGCCGCCGCACCCCUCACACGUGGGUGUGCGCCCCAGCAUGGCCGUGCUUCAGGGGGGGCCGCGGGGGAUGGGCUCCGCUUGUGCCCCUGGACAUAUGAUGGUAAGGACAGGCAUGAUGUCGCCGCAGCAGCAGCAGGCCAUGAUGGCCAACAACCUCCGCCACCUUCCGCCCAACGCUUACGCCGGCAUGAUGCCGCCGCAGCAGCAACACAACCUGAUGGCACGGCAGAACAUGAUGAUGCUGCAGGCCAAGCAGCGGGGCAUGCCGACGCCGGUCGAUCCUUUUGGCCCCCAAGGUCCUCUCAUGUCACCUCAGGGCCCCAUGAUGACCCCCCCUCACCCGCAGUCCGGACUGAUGGGCCCUCAGUCUCUCCGGCAGCGGGGAAUGUCAGUGGACAGUCCCGUGGGCUUCGGUCCCGGAGGCAUGACCAACAUGCCGUUCUGAGGAGCCUCCGCGGAGACCCCAGUCCUGACCCAACUCACCAUGGUGACUGACACAUGGUUCUAUUUAAAAGCACUGUAACAUGGUGGAAGGUCCAAUCUGAAGCCAUUUUUAAACUGUAAAUGAUGUAUAUUUAAGAGGUGUGGUGGAGAGGAGUGCCUCCGGUGGCCACCCAUUUAUUUUCUCCAGCUACCAAAUUGGUCCAGAAGAAUGAGCUUAAUAUAUAAACGCUGUACAUACAAGGCAACUGUGUUUGUUCUGCAUCACUGUGUUUUCAGCCGUCGAAUGACUUCAGAGGUUUUGUUUCUUUUGUUUAUCGCGUUUGAUAAAAGCGGCCGAUGUUGUGGAACACAAACAAGUCCUUUAAUAAUUUUAAUUGAGCAGAGACCCAGGCGGACGGUGACUUUUUGACGGAUGAAUAAAAAUGUUGUCAAGA